AUGAAUCAGCUAAAAUAUUUUGCUGGUGCACAGCAGGGGAAGGCGUUGAAAAAACCGACAACACCAACCCCGGCGGCAGAGAAAAGACGAAAAUAUGAAAAAGAGGUCAGGAAACGCACGUUUCAGUCAAGUUGGCAGAUUGGGAGGAGAUGGCUGAUGUAUGAUGAAAGCAAGAAAGUUUUGUCCUGCAGCACAUGCGUGUGUUAUUUCAAUACACCAGAAAAAAUUGCAUCGUUUAAAGGUGAUGGUAAAAAUUGGUUGGAUGGCGUGAGUAGCUUAAAAAAAGAUAAUAUUACAAAGCACGAAACUUCAAAGUCCCAUCUUUUAGCUAAUGAACGUCAACCACUCCCUGAAACAGGUAGCCCCAAAUUGACCAAAGCUGCUGAAGCUCUUCGUAAACUUAGGAAUAUCGACAGAAAACAACUGAUAUACAAAGUCCUUAAUGCUCAUGCUGUUGCAAAGUCGGACAUGACGUUUAAAACCUAUGUUCGCCUUUGUGAGUUGGAUCAUGCAAAAGGGUUAAAUGUAAACACCACAUAUGAAACAGAUAAAUCUGGGAAUCAGUUUAUUCAUUUUAUAGCAAAAGAUACAAUUAACAACAUACAUCGUGCAGUACAGGAAGCAAAAUAUGUAUCAGUCACAAUUGAUGGGUGCGCAGAUUCAUCAGGCAUUGAGCAAGAGUCACUGUAUGUCCAUUUUGCUACAAAUGGUACUGUGCACCAACAUUUUCUAUGCUUUGUUUCACCAUCAACUACUUCAGCACAAGAUAUCUACAAUGCUGUAAACACUAGUUUAGAUGGCUAUGUCCCAGGCAUAAUGGAAAAGCUUGUUUGCCUUGCAUGCGACGGUGCUUCAAACAUGAUGGGGGUACGUAAGGGUCUAGCUGCACUGCUGAAAACGGACCAUCCAGAACUGGUUGCAAUACACUGCUUAGCGCACAGACUGGAACUUGGAAUUAGGGAUGCAUUUAAAAAGCUAAAACUAUUUGGCAAGAGCAUGACUCUAUUAGUAGGCCUGUAUUACUUCUACAAAAAGAGCUUAAAGCAACGAAAAGAAUUGUUAAAUGCAUUUGAAAUAGUUCAAGAAAAAGCUCUCAUGCCAACACGAGCGGGUGGCACACGCUGGGUAUCGCACAUAGUGAAGUCAGUACCAGUGCUCUUCAAACUAUACAGAGGUUUCAUGACCCAUCUAGCAAAUGCAUCUCACAAGAACAGCAAAGCUGGGGGCCUUUACAAGAUAGCAAUAAUUGCUUUGAAGGAAAUACUGGAACCUGUCCAGCGACUGUCCCUGUUGUUACAACGUAGCGAUACAAAUCUUGGAGAGGAACAAAUUCUUCUACUAGGUCAAGGAGACAAGCUUUCUUUUCGGAAGCAGAAAAAACAAACUACUGUUGUUGCAGAUGCUCCUGUCACAGUCAGUGAUGAAGAUGAAGAUGGGGCAGCUUAUGAACUUCCAGCAGUGACCAGUGAUGAGCAGUACGACAGCAGCAGCUCUGAGGACUCAGAUUAUGAGUCAGGAUAUGAUUCGGAUGAAAACUAUGAAAUCAAUGCUGAAAAACUUAUGCAAUAUAUAUAG